UGAAUAUAUUUUUAUUAAUAAAAAAUUCAAACGAAUAAUGUUUUCGGUUUCAGCUUAUCAAAGUAGGAUAAUCGCCGACUCAAAUAAAGUAGUCCUCAUUCUUGAUAACCACAGACGCGGCAGGUGAUAUGCGUAAUACUGAUACCCAAAAGCAAUUCUAAAAAAAUUCAGAUAACCGCCGAUUACAAUCGGAAAUGUUUAAUUAUUGACCAAAAAUUUGGUUAAACUGUGGAAGCAGAAGGUUAUACGCACGCACAUCAACCACCACCUUUCUCUAUCAUUUAGAUUCAUCUUAUUUCUCUUUCUCCUUCCUUCUAUAUAGAUUAUACUUAUACUCUUUGCAUAGCGGAGGAGAAAUAUAAAAAUGGCCAACAACGAAGAGCUUUGGGAGGAGAUGAACGAGAACGAGGAUUCAUUUGGAAUGGUGAAGCAGAGGUUCAAGGAUCGAUCUCAGAAAGUUGUUCAAACAAAGGAGAUGAUGUCGAAAAGGGCAGUUCAGACGAAGGAGAUUUUGUCUAAACAGGCCGUUAAGAUCGCUAAACAAGCAGAGGAACAUGAAAGAUUUAUUAAUAAGGUGACACAUCUUCUGGGAGUUCUUGGGUUCGGGGGUUUUUGUUUCCUGCUCGGAGCAAGGCCCCAAGAUAUUCCUUAUGUAUAUUGUUUCUUCUAUGUCACCUUUGUUCCUCUUCGGUGGAUUUAUUAUCGGUAUAAGAAAUGGCACUACUACCUUCUGGAUUUUUGCUAUUAUGCCAAUACAAUCUUCUUGGUUAAUCUUCUUCUCUACCCAAGAAAUGAAAAGUUUUUCAUGGUUUGCUUCUCAUUUGCUGAGGGGCCUUUAGCAUGGGCAUUGAUUGUUUGGCGUUGUAGCUUGGUUUUCAAUUCUGUUGACAAAAGUGUGAGUGUCCUAAUACAUCUUUUGCCUGGGUUAGUGUUUUUCACCAUUCGAUGGUGGAAUCCAGAAACCUUUGCUGCCAUGCGUCCGGAAGGAGCAUCUCAAAGAGUGUCAUGGCCUUAUGUGGAAGAUAAAUCCUACCUUUUCACUUGGCUGUUUUGGGUUCCCUUAGCUGCUUACACCCUCUGGCAAGUUCUUUAUUUUCUCAUUGUUAAUGUCCUCCGUCGACAGAGGCUUUUACGAGAUCCUGAAGUCAUGACCUCAUACAGGGAACUGUCCAAAAAGGCACGGAAAGCAAACAAUGUCUGGUGGCGUUUAAGUGGUUUGCUUGGGGAUCAGAAUCGCAUGUUCAUGUACAUUGCUUUUCAAGCUAUAUUUACCGUGGCAACCAUGGCACUCACUGUCCCCAUCUUCUUGUCAUAUAGAUUGCAUGUAGUUUUCCAGAUUCUCAAGGUUUCUGCAUCUGUAUGGAAUGGAGGAAGUUUUUUGCUAGAAGUGAUGCCAAGGCAGGUGAUUCUGAAGGAGAAGAAAAAAACAGAGAUGCAACCGUUACAAUCUGAUCAGCUUGAUCAAUCCCCAAUUGCGACGGAAACUACUAUGGAAGCUGAUGAUUCUACAGAGAUGGAAAAUACCAUGAAAGCUGAUGAUUCUGCAGAGAUGGAAAAAACAAUGCAAACCGAAAAUUUUAUACAGACUUAGUUACAACUGAUAUGCACUAAUAGUCUUUGAUAGUCCUAAUAGAUUUUGAUACUUGCAGGUUUUCUGUGUUUUUUUGGUUCUUUUUGCUUUUUGCUUUUGUUUUUAGGGUGGAAUGGGGGACAGUGGAGAAGGUUUCAAGAGAUGAGCUGCUACAACUGCAA